AUAUCCUUUUAAAAAAACGAAUAUUCUUUUUUUUAAGAUAGCAUAACACUCUUAUAUUUCAAAAAUUCCAAAAAUACCCUUCUCACUUGACCCAAUCACCCAACCCCCCCCCCAAAGAGUCACAUAUCCUUAGCCCUAACCUCAAGCUCUCUCAGAAUCUGCCGCGGUGCCCUCUCGCCGCGCCUCCUCCUCUCAGCGUCCCUGUCGUGUCUCAUCCCUUAUAUUCUGCUCAUCCCUUGUAUUUCGCUACGCCUCUGUCCCUCUGUCCCUCGCCUACGUGCCUCUGUUCUUCCAUGCUUCCCUCGCCUCGUCGCGCCGUGCCUCCGUCCCUCCCUCACCGCACCACCCCUCCGUCCCUCGCGCCUGGUUUCGCUGCCUCGCGCCUGCUCCCGUGGCUUCCGUUUCAGACAGAUCCCAGGACUAGGUUGGAUGCAGGGACUUGGGAGGGUUGGCCUUGGUUAUUGCAUUUCGGCUGCAGUGGCUUGUCCCUCCCUCACCGUGCCGCGCCUCACCACGCUGCGCCUCGAUCUGCCUGCACUCGAUUUGUCAAAACAGCUUCCAAUGGGCAAGGAUCUAAGGGCAACAUGACCAAAAAAGUCAAGAAGUGGAUGCAACAACUCAGAGGGACAAUGUUGAACUUGUAGCUGAAAAUGAUCGGAGUACCCCCAUAUUUGCAGACCAACCAAACAAGGAGCAACCUGUGGAUUCAACGUCUCCUUUGUCCGGCACUUCAUUAUCAUAAAGCCAACUGAUGAUGUUGGUAAACAUGCCACAGAUGAUGUGAAAGUUUUAGCAGUUGAAACUGUUUCUGAAAUUGCCACUGUAUCUACAAAUGGUGAGUCUGUUAAAGAAAAUGCUUUUGAGGAGGAUCCUCCCCAAACUUCCAAAGGAAUUGAAGCCCCAAGUGAUGAACUCACUAAUAUUGGCCAAACUAACAAGCCUAGGGAUCUGGAUGCGAAUCAAAAUGUGAAUCAAGAGAGAUCAGAAUCUGUGGGUGCUUAUAUUGUUCCUGGACCUAAAGAUGGUGAUGUAAAGACACAAAUUACAUUGGCUUGUAGUUUUUUAUUGUGUACCAUUAUAUAAUAAAGACACAAAUUAUAUUCUAUGAAUCCACACAAAUGUAAAAUGUUACAUUAUCAUAAUGAAUACUUGAA